GGCUUGGCUGUCAGAGCCUUGUGACUGUCACGCUGCAGAGGGGCUUGGCCAGGGUGGGGGCUUUGAGCUGACUCGCCGGAGGAGAUGCUAAAGGGCAGGCUGGUGUUCUGAAGAACUCUUUCCUCUGGAUCUCUUCUGCUUCACUAAAUAUUUAGAUUAGAAGUGACAGCUGAGCAGUGUCGUCAGCAUGGUGCUUUGCACAGGAGCCCGUCUGGGGCUGGCCCAGAUGGUCUCUGCCACCCUUGGCAGAAGUAACCUGCACUGGCACGUGGCCGCGGUUCCCUUCACUGCCCUGUGUUGAAAAAUAAGGGCCAGGUUCCUGCCUCGCUGUGGCUUUCUGCUCUUUCCUGACAGGAUGGUUCCCCUUGGCUCUGGGCAGGCCUUGCCGCUCGUCUGCGGGCAGUGGCACACUUGGUCAUCCCAGCUGGUGGCCGCCCCAGGAGCACCCAGCGCUGCUCCCCACUGCCGGCCCCACGUCAGCCCAGAUGUGUAGCCUCCCAGCAGCUUCCUGGGGGCUGCAUGCUUCAGCACAUGCUGCUGCCACUGACGCAGAGAUAAAUGGGCUGCGGUGUGCUGAGGUGGGGGCCGCAGGGCUGGCUGGGAUGGGGUGGGAUGGCAUCCCGUCCUCGGAGGAUGAGUCCAAGCAGUGGAGUUCUUGGGAGUGAAGCAGGCUCUCGUUACCUCUGCAUUGCCCAUGAGAGCCCUGUGCGCAAGCAAACGGAGCCGCGGGCACGCUGCUGUCUCUGUUGGGUGCUGGGGAAGGCUGCCCCAGGCCCUGCGUGUUGUGGCAGAGUCUCUGCUGGCAGCCAGGGCAGACUUUGGCACGCAGGGGUCAGCUGGGGACUUGUGCGGGUGUCUGCCCUCUGCCCAGCCAGAUGGCUUUGAUCCGGCCUGCAGCUGGGCAUGGAAGGACUUGGCGUGGAGGGAGCUGCUGGCUGAGGACUUGGGCUAUGUUUGCCUGGGGGCAACCUGGGGACCUUCUAGAAAUGGAAGAAUGUCCUCAAAGUACCCCGAGUCCUCGGGUUUAGGGCUCUGCUGCCUGCCUACCCAGGAGGAGCGCUGGCCUGGCCGGGGCCCCUGCAGGGUCUGGCAGUUCUUUGCCCGUCGGUGUUGCUGGCUGGUGGCUGUAACUCUCCAGGACUUUGUGCUCCCCCGGCGAGUCCCUGGCUUGGCGGGAAGAGCUAGCUGAGCUCUGACUGCUGGGUGUUGUGGCCAGCUGGGCUGAGCAGCAAGAGGCCAAGCGUGCCAGAGGAGUCCCCCGUGGGUAGAGAGAGCCCCUGCAGGGUGGGUGGUACAUACACUUGGAGAGGGAACGGGCACCACUGGUGCCCUCCAAAGUCAGCGUCUGGGGGGAUGCAGGACCUCGCGCAGCCCCUUCUGCCGGUGUGAGGCUGUGCAGCAGUUUCGUGCCUUCCCUGUACGUGCCUGCCGCCGGGGCGGGAGCGGCUGAGUCACCCAGCCGCACGGAGCGUGUUUACAGGUGGCACGUGUCCUGGGGAGUGGAUGUGCUCGGGGACAGCUGGGCACUGUGUGCAGGGGGGAGGUUAGCUGUGUUUGGUCAUGCCAGUGUGCUGCUCUGGCACUGAUGAUGCCCUUGGGGCUGGUGCCCCCUUUGGAGGGAGCUGAGCCUCUCCUGGCAAGCUGGUGACCAGAGAAGGCUCGGAGGGCUGUUGCCUGUGCGCUGCCUCCAGCUGAACGGGAGCUGAGCCUGCGCCGUGGCUCCCGCCGUGCCGGCGCUGCUGCUUCGACAGGUUGGGCCGGUCCCCGCGGAGGUGGGCCCGUCCGGGCGAGCUCGCGGGGGCGGCAGCCGGCUCUGCGCCCUGGCUCCAUGCAGGCGCCGUCCCUUUUUCCCACAACUCUGGGAUGCGACCCGCUGGCCAGCAUGGUGCUGGAGGGGCUGAAGGCCAAGCUGCGGAGAUGGGGCAAGCAGGUGUGCUAUUCCCUGCUGGUGCUGCUCUACAUGGGGUGGCCUGUGUGCCUCACACCCCCUCUCCGUUACAGGCUGGUCUUUGGCAUGCUGUAUCCUGCCUAUGCUUCCUACAAGGCUGUGAAGACUAAAAACAUCCGAGAAUACGUCCGCUGGAUGAUGUACUGGAUCGUGUUUGCAAUCUUCAUGGCCACGGAGACCUUCACUGACAUAUUUAUUUCCUGGUUUCCGUUCUACUACGAGAUCAAGAUGGCUUUUGUCAUCUGGCUCCUCUCCCCCUACACUAGAGGAGCCAGCCUGCUGUACCGCAAAAUCGUGCACCCCACGCUGUCCCGCAAGGAGCAGGAGAUCGACACGUACAUCAUCCAAGCCAGGGAGCGCAGCUACGAGACCAUGGUGCGCUUCGGCAAAAAGGGCCUCAACAUUGCAGCCACGGCCGCGGUGCAGGCGGCAGCCAAGAGCCAGGGUGCGCUGGCCGGGCGGCUCCGCAGCUUCAGCAUGCAGGACCUGCGAUCCAUCCCAGACGAGGCCCCCGUGCAUUACCGAGACCCUCUGUACCUGGAGGAGCCGGAGGGCCAGGGGCAGCCGCUGGGCUACCGAGUGGCUGCAGCCGGCCGGCAGCGUGAGAGCGACACGGACGAUGAGGAGUGCUGGUCGGACUCGCCAGUCUCGCCCAAGGCUGCGUCCCACAGCAGGGACCCCAAGCCGCUCUCCAGGAGCCAGAGCCUGCGCGUGGUGAAGAAGAAGCCGCAGGGCAAAGAGGGCUCUUCCCGCCUGGUGCGUGCCCGGAUCAGGAGGAAGGCAGCUCAGCAGGACCAGGACAGUUAGUGCCCUUGGGGAGGCCCUUUGCCAGGAGUCUUAACCUGAGUUUGCUGCUGCAGCACAAAGAGGGAGCCGUGGUUUGCGUGUCCCUGGCACUGCGGCCGCUCCCUCCCGUGCGCCUCAUGCCGGGCGGCCGGGGAAGGGAUUCCCUGCCGUUUUACACUGUAAAUAUCUUGUUUGCCCUUUGCCUCUUCCUGGCUGCUCUGUACCUCCCAGGGAGUUAUUUGGCUGCUAAUCGAGCCCAGCUGCUUUGCAGAGGGAGGGCAGGGCUGUCCUGAAUCCUUCUGACCCUGACAUGGCCCCGACGCUGUUCCCAGCCGUGCCCCUUCCCCGAGCAUCGCUGCUGCAGGUCGGCACCGGUGCCUCUCCCGCUGCACGCUGGGCUGCCUCGUGCACCGUGAGAGCAGGCUGCCUCUCCCCAGCCUGGCAGAGCCCACGGGGAGAGACGCCGUACAGUCCCGGGCCUUCACGCUCUCCCCUCUACCCUGGUCAGCACUAAGGGCUCUGCUGGGAAGCCCGGUCCUUGCCUCGGUGUCCCUUCCGUGCCCUGCUCUCCCGCCACUGCAUUGCCUUACUCCCUGUAUCCCCUCUCCUCCGGAGCGACGUGCCUUGACCCGUCUGUCCUCUGUGAAGCCAAAGACGCAGCCUGUGCCCAUGGCCCUGGGCUGUCCCGGCCGUGCCUGCAGCUGCGGGCCGCCCUGCAUCCUCCGUACUUGAAAGCAGAGCGACAGUGCCUGCCUGGCACCACACAGUUCUUAAUGUUUUCCUCUCCCCCACAGGACUUUUGUACAUGGACAAUAAAUCUUAUUUCAGACU